CCGCUGCCGCCGGGUCUCCUCUUCCUCUGAGGCGCCAGUCAGUCCCUUGCCCUCCUCCUCCUCCUCCUCCUCCUGCUGCUGCUCUUUGCCGGGGCUGAGCUUACAUCACAAUCCGGGCCGUUGCUGCUGCCGGGAGCGUGGCUGCUCCGGAGGGCGGCAGGAGGGACGGAGGAGAGAGCAGGAGGAUGGGGGCGGCGGGGGCCAGGGCUGCCUCUGGAGCCCCGGAGGAGGAGGAGGAGGCUGCGGCUGAGCCGGCGGGGCCGGGGCUGGCGGUCAAGCGGGCCAAGGGGCGCCCCUCUGCUCCUGGGCUGCUGCGCUGGGACCAGGUGCCGGAGGAGUUCGUGGAGUGCUUCAUCCUCUCGGGCUACCGGCGCCUGCACUGCUCGGCCGCCGAGUGCCUGGCUUCGGCGCUGCAGCCCACCAACGAGACGCUGAACUUCUGGACCCACUUCGUGCCGCUGGUGCUGUUCGCGGGGCAGUUCGGGCGUCUGUCGGGGCUGCUGCUGCUGCCGCCCUGGCACCCGGCGCUGCUGCCGCUCUGGUGCUACGCUUCGGGGGUGCUGCUGACGCUGGCCAUGAGCUGCGCGGCCCACCUCUUCAGCUGCCUCUCGCCCCGCCUGCGCGCCGCCUUCUUCUACCUGGACUACGCCUCCAUCAGCUACUACGGCUUCGCCUCCACCGUGGCCUACUACUACUAUCUGCUGCCGGGGCUGCGGCUGCUGGAGGCCGGGGCGCUGGCGGCGCUGCUGCAGCGGGGCCUGGGCUGGCAGCUGGACCCGGGCGCCGCCCUGCAGGCCUACCUGGCGCUGGUCCUCCCCGUGGCCCUGGCCCUGGCCCUGGCCUGCACCGCCGCCUGCUGCCGGAGCCGCGCCCAGGGCUGCGCCUACCCCUUCGCCGUCCGCACCUUCGUCUUCGCGGCGCCGCUCAGCAUGGCCUGCCCCAUCGCCCUGGAGGGGCUGCUCUUCGACCUCCGCGCCCGCAACCCCACGCUCUUCCGACACUUCUUCCGGCGCUACUUCUGGCUGAUGGUGGCCGCCUUCUUCAACGUCACCAAGAUCCCCGAGCGCAUCCAGCCGGGCCUCUUCGACAUCGUGGGCCACAGCCACCAGCUCUUCCACCUCUUCACCUUCCUCAGCAUCUACGACCAGACGCUCUACGUCGAGCAGGGCCUCCGGGACUUCCUCCGAAGCAGCAGCAGCAGCCCCGCCCGGCCCCUGCCCACCUUCGCCGGCACCGUCGGCUACAUGCUGCUCCUGGUCCUCUGCCUGGCCCUGGUCCUCCGGCGCUUCCUCUGCCUCCCCGCCAAGCAGCACUGAGGCAGGCUCCAGGAGCACCGGGUCCCUUGGGAAGAUGGAGGCCUCCUUCCCUUCAGCAAUGUCCCUUGGUUUUCUGUCAAACAAAGAGGAUUGAAGCCUUUCCUUCGCUAAAGAGGUGUCCCUUCAGGUUCUUCUUUCAAACAGAAAAGGUGGAGGGUUCCUCCCCUUCAGGAAUGUCCCUUGAGGUUCUUCAAAACAAAGAGGAUUGAAGCCUUUCCUUCACUAAAGGGGUGUCCCUUCAGGUUCUUCUUUCAAAGAGCAUUGAGGCCGCCUCUUCAAGGGUCCCUUGAGCUUCUUUCAAAGAAAGAAGAAUGAAGUGUUUCCUACUCUAAAGGGGUGUCCCUUGAGGUAGUUCUUUCAAACAAAGAGGACUGAGGUCCCUUUCCCUUCAAGGGGUCCCUUGAAUUUCUUUAAAACAUAGAAGAUUGUAGUCCUUCCUUCUCUAAAAGGGUGUCCCUUGAGGUCCUUCUUUCAAACAAAAAGGAUGGAAGUCUCCUUCCCUUCAAGGGAUCCCUUGAUUUUCUUUAAAGCAAAGAAGAUUGAAGUAUUUCCUACUCUAAAAGGGUGUCCCUUGAGGUCCUUCCUUCAAACCAAGAGGAUGGAGGCCUCCUUCCCCUUGAGGUUCUUCUCUGAAACAUGAAUAGUACUAUUAAAAACCUUGGCCUCUGCUGGCUCUCCCGAGUUCAAGGAAGGUCCCAUCCAGCACUGAACUCCUUUUUAGAAAACUUCUGUUUCAGUUGAAACAAACGUAGGCUUUAAGAUCAGGCUUUCAAGCCCCCCGUACUGUACUCCCUUUAUUCUAUUUAUUGCUGCUUAGGAUACAAAGGCAAGCCAUUUAGAACUAUUGCUUGAAAUCUCCCAACAAAUUGAUCCUCGGUGCAUUAUUUCAUCGUAAGCCUUGUGGACUUAUGUCCGGCUUAUGCCCAGCUAAUGCACUUAGGAUCAGGGUUUUCAGGGGAACAAUAUGCAUGGACCACGUGAAUGCUAGCUACUGAUUUCAGACUGCUGCUCUAGGAGAUGAUAUUUCAAUUAGCAAUAUACAGUAGACCUGCACUGAUGAACAAUUGCAAUUUAAAAUCAAAUCCCAUGUGUCUUUCCCUGGCCUGCCAUGCGCUCAAGAAUGUGUCUGCGUGUCUUCUGCUAAAGCAUUUGCAAGCCCUAUGCAAUGGACUUGGGCUUUUGACACGAGCAAAUUGAGACUUCUUUUGUGCAUUUGUUCAUUAGUGAUCUUGGCCGGAAGGCAAGUGGAACUGUGAAUUAGAGGGAAGCCGUGUUAUGAUUUGUUCAAAAGCUGUUGGUGACACAGCAAAACAAAGCUUGUACAAGUGAUGUACCUACACAAACACAAACCCCAAGAACGCCUGAAUCUUACAGGACAUUUUGUACUGUGAAUCAAACGCUGCAGUCUAAUCUGCACUUCAGAAAUGAUGCACUUUGACACUGCUUUAACUGCAAUGGCUCAGUGUAUGGAAACCUGCAAUUUGUGGUUUGGGCAGUACAGUAUUUGUAGUUUGUUGUGGCACCAGAGCACUCACAAAACAACAAAUCCCAGCAUUCCAUCGCAUUGAUCCAUCGUAAUAAAAGCGAUGUCAAACUGCAUUAUUUCUGCAAUGCAGAUUAGACCCCAGUUAUAAUUAAGUCAUUAAUGAAAGGUCAAUAUUUGAAUAGGGGGCAGCACAUAGGUUGAAAGAAUAGUUACGAUAGGGCUUGUCUUUAGAAUUAAUACAUGAGCCACAAUCCUGUUGGUCAGCAUAGCUGUGCUGACACAGGUGAUGGUGCAGAUGGGGGCUCUGUAAUGAUAGGGGUCAGCAAAAAAGCCAUCCCUGCCAGGAGAGAGGUACUAUGCUGACUCCUGGAGCAAGCUUUCUCUACCCCAGUUCAAAAAGUGGACUGUUAGGCCAGCGUAAUGGACUAUUAAGCCACCAUAAGGUCCCAACAGGAUUCAGACUAGAAUUUUGGACACAGGGUUGUUGUUUUUUUUAAGUCAUACAAAAUACAGGAUCCAGUCACCAGCAAUAUCGAUUGGUUUGCACUGUCCUUUAUUCUGGAAUAACAGCCACUGAAUUUUUGUGCCCUCCUAAUUAUCUUAUGUGGAAACAGAGAAUGAGUCAGAGUUUUCCCCGAGGGAGAAUUUCCCAACAAACCUUGGCAAAUUCUUGCCUUGAGAGAGUGGGAGGGUUCAGGGACGUAGCUAGGAUUUUAGGAAG